AUGGUCGACUCGUCCUUCCCUGGUACCGAGCCGUCUGCUCUGGAGCCAGACUACAUUAAUCAGACAGAGACCUGGGAGAAGCUGUCAUGCAAGCCGUUCCUGGAUGCUUCGCGUACUGGCGUUAUUGGUCGCAUUGGAUGGAUCCCCGACUGGGACUUCAUCCCGACCAAAUACCGCCGUCAAUGGGGCGAGUAUUGUCUCCUGGGCCGCAAAAAGUCCUCGAGCUAG